GAUGGUUUUGUUUCGAAUUGGUAGCCAAUUACCUGCUUACAGGCAGAUUCUUUGCUUCAUUUUCUCCUUGUUUUGAAGAAAAAAAACCAACCUUGGCUAGUUUUUCUGGGUUUCCAUUGUUUUUGCUAUCUUGAACUUUGAUUAUCGGAAUAAGAUCAGAAAGAUGGAUUUAAGCAAUGGUGAAGGAGUUGGAGCUGUUACGGAAACUGAAAAACCCCUUACUCGUGAAGGGGACACAACUUUAAAAGAGUCUAAUUGCAGAGAGAAGGCCUUGGGCUCGAAGGGGAAUGGUGUGGGAAGAAUUAGCAGCAAGGACAUGUUUUUCAGAGCAGAUAAGAUUGAUUUCAAGAGCUGGGAUAUUCAGCUAGACAGGCACUUGAGCAGGGCAUGGGAGAGCGAAGUGCAGACGCGAAAGGAAGAGUGGGAAAUUGAUUUGUCAAAGCUUAAUCUUAGAUAUGAUGUAGCUCAUGGGACUUAUGGGAUUAUAUACCGUGGCGUUUAUGAUGGACAAGACGUUGCAGUGAAGAUAUUGGAUUGGGGGGAGGACGGUAUUGCCACAGCUGCUGAAACUGCUGCUCUUCGGGCGUCGUUUCAGCAAGAAGUUGCUGUUUGGCAUAAGCUUGACCAUCCAAAUGUUACAAAGUUUAUCGGAGCUUCAAUGGGAACUUCCAAUCUUAAAAUCCCUUCAAAGAGUGCAACAAGUGAAGAUCAUAAUUCUCUUCCAUCCAAGGCUUGUUGUGUCGUUGUUGAGUACCUUACAGGUGGGACUUUAAAGAAAUUUUUAAUCAGGAAUGUGAGAAAGAAACUUGCCCUUAAGGCUGUGAUUCAAAUUGCUUUGGAUCUCUCUAGAGGGUUGAGUUAUCUUCACUCAAAAAAGAUAGUACAUCGUGAUGUUAAAACAGAAAAUAUGCUGCUAGAUGCCCAUAGAACUUUGAAAAUUGCUGAUUUUGGCGUUGCUCGUGUUGAAGCCCAGAACCCAAGGGACAUGACCGGGGAAACUGGUACCCUUGGAUACAUGGCCCCAGAGGUUCUUGAUGGCAAGCCUUACAAUAGGAAAUGUGAUGUCUACAGUUUUGGGAUAUGCUUGUGGGAGAUCUAUUGUUGUGACAUGCCUUACCCUAAUCUUAGUUUUGUUGAAGUUUCAUCAGCAGUUGUGCGACAGAACUUACGACCAGAAAUCCCUAGAUGUUGUCCAAGUUCAUUGGCGAGCAUCAUGCGAAAAUGUUGGGAUGCAAACCCAGAUAAGAGACCGGACAUGGAUGAGGUGGUGACUUUGUUAGAAGCAAUAGACACGAGCAAGGGAGGUGGAAUGAUUCCUGAAGAUCAGGUUCAUGGCUGUUUCUGUUUCACCACAGCUCGUGGCCCAUAGUAGUAGUAUCAUCCUACAAUGUGCAAAUGAAGUUAGUCUUGCAGCAUUUCAUGGCAGGACUUCAGGAUAUAUGGCAUUAGAACAAGCGGUUCGGUUUUCUGUCGUGCAUUGCAUAAUAUUUUUGAGUUUGUUUUCAAUGUGAGAUCUUACUCAUUUGCAAUGUAGGGAGAUUUGAGGGCAAACAAUUCAUAAUUGCAAUUACUUUGUUGCAUAAUAUUCUUGGAUGUGAACUCCAAAGUUGUUAAUCUAUCACCUUUCUUGGGUAUA